UAGGUGUUUCACAUUUAUUUUCCACCUGUUUUGCCUUGGGGAAUUUGACAAAUAUAUUAUAUAAAAAUAUAUGAAAAAGACAUGAUAAUCUCCAUCAACUGGUCCGUCGACAGCAUCAUUAUCGUCUCAUCUCACUGUUAGUCAAUCAGCGCCAACGUUUUCUUCCCGCAGAAUUAAGGAUUUCAUUUUUCCGAAACUCAAUCUUUGCUCAAGAUUCAAUCUUUUCAGCAGAAUUUCCUCAAAGAAAGGAGAUACACAUAAGUGAGAUAGAAAGAUCAAUCAAUCAUGAGUGAAGAGAAAAAAGAGGGCUAUCAUCAACACCAUGAGCAUCCACCUCCGCCGCCGUACGGAACAUUCCAGGGCGUAGCCAACCACCCUCCGUCGCCGGCCAUGGGCUUCCCCCAGCCUGUUCCACCGCCUGGCCUUUCCGGUGCUCCUCCGCCGCAAUCUCACUAUUACGCUCACGGUUAUCAAGCUGUCCCAGGUUAUGCUGCUGUUGCAACUGGAAGGCCUGUAAGGGAGCAGCGACUUCCUUGCUGUGGAAUUGGCCUUGGCUGGUUCCUGUUCAUAAUUGGAUUCUUCCUUGCUGGAAUUCCAUGGUAUGUUGCUGCGUUGCUUCUAAUUUGUUCCAGAAUUGACCCUCGUGAGAAACCAGGAUAUGUUGCUUGCACGAUUGCUGUAAGUAUUCUUAUUUAUAGCUUCUCAUUGUUCUCAACCUACUUCAAAGUUGGGCUACUUUUACCGGGUGCUGCCUUGACAAGUUCUGGAUCUGAUCUUAAUGUUUCUGUCCCUGUCGUUUUAUUUCAUUCUCCAUGCAUUACUAACAAAGAGACAAAUUCCAAAGUUGAUCGUGCAAUCUCUGUUUGUUCUGGAUACACCAAAAUAAAUUUUAGCCCUCUAUUAUUGUCGCACUGAGAGUAUGCUUUAAUAUUUGAAGAAUCUUUCUUAUUUCUAUUUCUAAAGACGCUGGCAUAUUUCCAUAUGACGACCUUACUACAUCCUUGAGCCCCAUAAGCCUGAAGGAAUAAUCUGUCAGGAAGAUCAUUUGAGUCUCUCCAUGUUUGCUAGGCAUCGACCCAUGACUUUACUCCUUCGACCCAAUGAAUAAAAUUUCAAUGUAAGGGCAUGAAAUAUGGUUGCCCUUUUGCCGCAAACCCCACUAUUCAACUUGUCUGUCUCAAAAUACACCUUAAAAUUGAGGGGUAGGUAGUCCUAAUUGCACAUGUGAUGCGCAACGGCUAACCUAGUUUCUGGUAAUUUUUUAUUUUAUUGUCUUUUUUGGAAACUCCACUGGAGGCUGCAACAUCACUUACUCUUACCCUCAACCCAUAUCUCCAACGUCUUCAUAUUAAUGCAUCGCAUAGAGUUACGAGUCACACAUGUGAUGAUUAAAAAACAAUGUCAGGCAACAAUGUUGAAUCAAAUAGGCAAGAUCUGUGAUCCAUGUGUAGGAUGAGAGCUUUAUUCUUAUCUAACAUAAAAAUUUAUCGUGAAACUUGAUUUAUUGUGAAACUUGCAGAACUUGUUAUGAUGUCAAUAUUAGAAUUUAGGGGAAACUCAAUUUGAUGUUAUAAAUUGGAGGACAAAUUUGAUAAUUUCGCAUUAGCCUUUUUAGGAUAAGCUGGAUAAUUCAUAGCUCCAAAACAAUGUCCAUCUCCAAGUAAGAAUUGUCAUACCACCCCUCCCAACUGCCCAUGGAUUCAAGUCAUUCAAAUUGUCAAAUGCUGGGCUUUGAAAAGCAUACAAUCGGCCAUAAACAAAAGUGAACACUUGGUAGGAAAGGACUGCAGCCAGAAAUCGAGGGAAAUCAUGUAUAGCUAAUCGUUACUUAGGGAAAAAGAAAAGUUAAGGGAUAUUGGUACAUUGACGUAGAUAAAGACUUUUCCAUGGCUUAGAAUGAUCAUGGGCUGCCAAUGAACAAUUUAUGCUUGCAUAAUAUGUAGGUAAUCCAAUUUGUGGGCUUCAACAUAUGGAUGUACAUAUUGAUAUCUCCUGUGCCAUAAUCUACUUUGCUUAAUAUUGGUAACUAUAUUAGUUGCAGAACCUUCUACAACCAUUUUAAUUAUGAUCUCCUUGCCUGGGCUCAACUACACGUCUUGUGAAGCUUUGAAGUAGCUCAAUAUUAGCUUCAUCAUCCUCAACUGACUUGUUAAAAAUAGAUUUGUAUAUAUGGUGUAACUGUUGAGUAUUUAUGGCUUUCCUAGUUAGAAUAGGGUUCUUGUGUAUACAUACGUGCAUUUAUCAGUCGAUGAAUGUAGAGAAGAGUAAUCUUCCCAACAUGAUUAUGUCUAGGAAUUAACAUGUUUCAAGUCUUUGAACUUUAACAUGGUAUAUUAAUGUCUCUACUUUUGUGUAGGCUGUUAUGGCCGCGAUCGCAGUCAUCUUCGGAUUGACUAGGAUCGACGACUGAUGAAAGGAUCACAGGGGACAAAAAAGCCAUGUGAAAAACUGGCCUGGUGUGUAUAUUUGAGCUCAAGUAGUGUUUUAUCUGUAUACGUACAUGUUGUAUGGACUAUAUUUCUAUAAUGAAACAUGUAAUCAAUGUGUUUUAAUGUACUGUAAACUUCAAAUCUUGUGACUCCAUAUUUGUAACUCUUCUCAUUUCUUGUAUAUUAUGGAAACCAAUAUGUUUGACUUCA